UGGAUCACUCUGGAAAGUAGUUGUAAGUGCUUGUGCCAGCGAAGGGGAAUCAAAAAAAGGGAAUUACACAUUGGAAACGGAAAGGGUGAACACUAAGUAGCACAGCAGCUUUUACUUUUGGACUCAGUUGGAUUAUUUUAACUUUGAAAACAUGUUUUUUCAUUUUUGCCAAAAAACACAACUUGAGCGGCGCCGUCUUGGAAUCAUCCCCUCAGUCUGUUUGUAGAAGGUUCUGGCAGACUUGAGAAGCAGAAUCGAUUAUUGGGGGGUUGGGUUUCAGAGUAACGCCGUCCCCGGUGGACACUUUUAGAAAGAGGCGUUUUUGGUGACUUAUCUUUCUCAGAGUGUUAACGUCUUAUCCUGAUGGCAACUGAGUCGUGUCCUCUAUCGGGGGCCGAGCGAGCCAUGUGCAGGCUGGUGCACCAUGGCCCCCGACCUCAAGCCACGCUUAAGCCUUUACAAGUGGAGUUACAGGUGUUUGUGAACAAAACACAUGGAAAACAGAAGCACAGGAUGGAGGCCUCUUGCUUGGAGCUGGCGUUGGAAGGGGAGCGCCUUUGCAAAGCUGGAGACUUUAAAGGAGGAACAGCGUUUUUCGAGGCAGCUGUGCAGGUUGGCACAGAGGACCUGAAGACCCUCAGCGCCAUUUACAGCCAGCUGGGAAACGCCUACUUUUAUCUGAAGGAGUAUGGGAAAGCCCUGGAAUACCACAAGCAUGACCUUACUUUGGCCAGGACGAUAGGGGAUAGAAUCGGAGAGGGGAAAGCCAGUGGUAACCUUGGCAACACCCUGAAAGUGCUGUGCCGCUUUGACGAGGCUGUUGUCUGUUGUCAGAGACAUUUGGAUAUCUCUCAAGAGCAAGGCGACAAGGUUGGGGAGGCACGAGCACUUUACAACAUAGGCAAUGUGUUUCAUGCUAAAGGCAAACAGCAGUUGUGGGGCUGCACCCAGGAGCCAGGAGACCUUCCCCCUGACGUCAGUGAAACACUGCAAAGGGCUACGAGCUUUUACGAGAUGAACUUGUGUUUGGUCAAGGAACUUGGUGAUCGUGCUGCUCAGGGCAGAGCCUACGGAAACCUGGGCAACACACACUACCUUUUGGGAAACUUUGUGGAAGCCAUUAAGUUCCACAGGCAGCGAUUAUCCAUAGCCAAGGAAUUUGGCGACAAAGCGGCAGAGAGACGAGCCUACAGCAAUUUAGGGAAUGCCCUCAUAUUCCUGGGCCAGUUCAACACGGCCACAGACUACUACAGGAAAACUCUGCAUCUGUCGCGGCAACUACGGGACCAAGUGAUGGAGGCACAGGCCUGCUACAGCCUGGGAAACACCUACACUCUGUUGCAGCAGUAUGAGCGAGCCAUAGAGUAUCACCUGAGGCACCUGUACAUCGCUCGGGAUCUUACGGACAGGGUGGGAGAAGGCCGAGCCUGCUGGAGUCUGGGAAACGCUUACGUGUCUUUAGGGAACCACAAACAAGCUCUCCACUACGUCCGAAAACACCUUGAAAUCUCCAAAGAAAUUGGGGACAGGAACGGGGAGCUGACAGCCAGGAUGAAUGUGGAGCAGCUGAUGGAAGCUUUGGGUGUCAGUGAUGGCGACCUUUCACCUUCCAGUUCAGAGUUUGAGAUGCAAGGAGCAAGACCCAAAUUCACCAAGAGGAACAGCAUGGACAGCGUGGAACUAUGGAAGCUGUCUUCAUACAAGGAUGGCGAGUACCAAGAGAUGGAAAGCAUACCCAGGAGGUCUACAAGUCCAACGUCACAGUCGGGUAAGAGGAAAGGCUAUCCUGACAGUCAGUCGUCUGACGACAGGACCUGGUUGGACUCUCCUGUGGACGCUGAUGACAUCACUGUGCAGGUUCCACCUCCAGUGCCGAAAUUGGGUCGUGACCCCUCCGAUGAGGACUGCUUCUUCGACCUGCUCAGCAAGUUCCAAAGCAGCCGCAUGGAUGACCAGCGCUGCCGUCUUGAUGAAACCCAGAACGGCGACGGCGGCGAAGAAGGCGCUCCUCUGAGCGACAUGAUAGUUACGACUUCCCCCCAGACGGAGGAGCUGUUCGACUUGAUCGCCAGCUCUCAGAGUCGCCGCCUGGACGACCAGCGCGUCAGCGUGGGAAAUCUUCCGGGUCUCAGGAUCACCCAGAACAACCUGGGCCACCUGGUGGGUGAAGGCGAUCAAGAGCCCAGCGACGACUUCUUCAACAUGCUCAUCAAGUGCCAGUCCUCUCGGAUCGACGAUCAGCGGUGCUCCCCGCCAGAAGCAGGACCCCACGCUCCCACGGUGCCUGACGAAGACUUCUUUAGCCUAAUUCAGAGAGUGCAGGCCAAGCGUAUGGAUGAGCAGCGCGUUCAGCUCUCCGCCGACGAGCAGGACAGCCCGGAAGAAUCUGCCGACCUCGAGCCACCGGGCGGUUUCCCCAGCUAGGAUGCGGUGCAGCGGUUACCAAAACGACAAUAACAGGGCGGUGCACUUGCAAAAAAAAAAUGUGUGGGACAGGUGGUGGUGCCAUGUCAAAUUCUUAAUGAAAUAUGUGUAAAUAUAACAGAAUACAUGCAGCAGUUUUGCACGGUCGUGAGGGGAUUUGUCAAAAUUUGAUUGCUGUCACUAACAAAAUAACAUCUGAUGCCUUAAUCAGCAUUUUUUUCUCCCCAGACUCGAGAUUGUAUUUGUAGAAGCACACCAACAGUAUCGUUUAAACAUUCUUAACUUCUAAGAUUAAUUUAAUUCUAGUCAGAGAAAUCAAUGAUUUGCACUGAAAGAUAUAUAUAUAUAUAUAUAUAUAUAUAUAUAUAUAUGUAUCUAUAGAUAUAUAUAUAAAUUAUUAUUUAUCUACAGUAGGUUUUUUUCCCUUAAAAGUGCUUACACACAUGCCAAAUCUUUCAGGCUUAUAGACAUUUUUUAAAAAUUAUUGCUGCUGUAAGCAUUCGUACAAGACUGGUGUUCCUGGUGUUCAGUGACAGUAUGCGGCUAACGCUAUUCAGUGUUAAGUCAAAAAUGCCUAGCUUAAAAACUUGAAAGCACUUGCUGUAUAUUUAAGUGCAUAAUGAAAUCCCCUGACAAAAAAACUAUCCGCUCAAAGCUGCUUCCUUAGUAUUAUUCGAGUACAGUAUUGAACUUAUGAAAUAUUAGCCCUUGUGGUUAAAGCCCUGUAUUACAUUGUGCAGUUUCAUUAUCCCCCCCUUCCCCACACCACUAUAUUAGUAUUUACAAUAAUAGUAAUAAUUAUAUUGCAGGGAAUAGAAGUCUUAAAGCUACAUUUUUGUGAGAUAAUUCAGUAAAGAUGACCAUGAGAAUCACACAAGUUGCUGAGAGUUUUUGGUCAGCUAAACAGCAGCAAGGAGAUUUUUAACUGGGAGUAAUGUGAAAAUUUGUUCUAUGGUACGAAAAUGUUAAAAAUUACAAGCUGGUUUCUUUUAUCUUUUGUUUGGUUUUUCUAAACAAAGGUCAUGCAUACCUCAUUUUUGUACCUCAGAAUACAAUAUAGUGCAAGUCUUUGGACAACAUUGGGAGCUGCAGUUAUUCUGUGAAUUAACAUUUUUAUUUUUAGAAAAAAGUACCCGCUGUGCUUGUAUUUGUCACUGCCGUAAUUUGUACAUAAUAUAUAAAUCUAUUUUGUAUUUAUGUUCCAUUUGGGGGAGGCGAUCAAGUUCCCCAUACGUUAAAUAAAAUGUUUGAGGUUUAUUAUGACCACCA